GAUUCUCUUACGCUGCUCAUUGCUUUGCGCCCCGAAGGCCAUGGCAUACCAGGAAAGACACAUCUAUCUCAAAGAGAGGGGUAAAGCAGACUUGUUGAGAAGGCGCACGUACGCUUUGACCGGCUGAACAGGUAUCCACCUCAUAUCUUCCGGAUCCGAGUUGGGGCACUCUCACCUAGGUUCAAUUGGCGGCUGACCUAUCGUUGGGGUCAAUUUCUGCUCUUUGUAACAUGUGUUGCUCUAACACAGUCAUUCAACGCGCAGAUCGCGUUCUCCAAUAGCGGACGAACUGUCAGUUCUCAACGUCUCAACUGAAGUGUGGCGAUCCCCAUCCAGCAGCAGAAAACACAUUGGUUGGACUCUAGUGCAGAUUGCUGACAGUGGCGCAUGUGGUUCUGAAUGCUACAUAUGACCUGCUUUGCGCAGAGACCUGUCAGAACGGUAAACCACUGACCUUCUUGUGGCGAAUCUAAAGAGGAAGAAGUUCUUUUCAGGCCGUCCUUCUUAGCAUCGGUAACAUGGUUUGCGCAUCUUCAGGUUUCUCCAGGCUUUCCAUCCCUCCGCAGCUCUACAGAGGAUCGGCCCCUAGAUUGGUGGAACGUGGGUCGCGCGGAUGUUGCUUACUUGCAUACCACCAUGGUGAUUCCGCACACCAUCCUCGCUCAAUUCGUUGCGCAAGCAGGUGAUCUUACCCUAUAUCAAAUACAUAAGUACAUACAGAUGAGCGUGAUUACCUGCUACGUGCUUGAGGCCAUCGCGACGCUUCCUGAUGAGAUGAGAUAUGUGUGGCCAUCGGACUGGAGCCUCAUGAAGAUGAUAUAUUUCUUCAACAAAUAUUCCCCUUUUGUGGACAUAGUGUUGUUGGUCCAAGUCGAUAUAACGUCUCAUGACGCUGACGCAUGCGCGCUGCAGUUCCAGCUCUUAACAUACUGGUUGAUCGUCGGCGUGCUGUGUUCCGAAUUCAUCCUGAUCGUUCGAACAUAUGCUCUCUGGGGUGGCGACCGGCAUAUCCUCUAUUUCAAUAUCUACGCCGCCGCUCUAAUGACACCUCAUGCUUUUUAUGUCGCAUAUGACAUGCUCCGCAUCAAUCUCAAAUCGUUCGGGGAUGAUGCACAGAUGGUCCGGAUCCUCGGGUGUAUGCCUGCAAUCAAUGACUUCGGUGUCUGGCCAGCGUUCGUAUACAUGAUUUGUGCAGAGCUGAUGGUGGUCCUGUCGACACUGUUGAAGCGCUACUUGGAUCAUGCGUCGUUUGCCGAUGGUAGCUCCCGCUCGAGCAUUCUCCUGACCACCUUGUACCGAGAUGGAACCUGGUUUUGGGCAGUCGUCCUCGUUUUCUCCGUUGUUAACUUGCUCAUGAUGUUCCUAGCACCCAGAGAGCUCAGCUUCUUGCUGCAGGAGUCGUUGCGAACUGUGCAUAGUGCUUUAUGCACUCGCGUGCUUCUCAAUCUCAGGAAAGCCGCUGCGAGCACGUCGUAUCUGGGAGUUGGCGAAUUCACGGUGAACACUAUGGCGUUCGAGUCGCUUCCUAUGUUUGCACCCUUGGGCGAGGAGGAAUUUGAGAUGGAGAUUGUUGAGUAGAAUAUGCAUUGCGAGUGACGAGCGGCUUGUAAAGCGUCAUAAAGGAGGUCUGGCGAGGAACAGGGCAAAUGUUGUCGGUCGAGUGGACCAGUGCACCACUGCCCUUUGAGGCGCUUUUGUCGCCUGUUGUGGACGCUUCUCUUUCUCGUACUACGAGCAUCAUCGAUAAUCAUCAUUUCU